AUGGGUUCUUGGACACAGUUGCUGGUCGAGGAUCCCAAGGCGGGCAAGGCUAAGUACCGUCUGAGGGGCAAGUCAAUCAAAUUGAAUGUGGCCGACAAGAUAAAGCGCGGCCAUGAUGGCCUGUUUGAUUCGCUGGGCUCAAAACAGUUGAGGAUAGUCAUGCCGUACCACGCUCGAGAGGAUAUCUUCAACGACGCGUCGGAUGUGGCCAAGAGGCUUGGCUCCGAGUUCCCGAGGCUCGACAUGAGUAACAGCAACAUCAAAUACUGCCAACUGGCUCGCGGCGAGGCGGACCUUCUCUGGUACAUGACCACGGGCCUGUACGAGAAGGAGACCAAUGAACCCGUUGCUCACCAUGUGGCAGGAGUACUGCUCGCCGAGGAAGCGGGUGCUCAGGUCGCAGACCUGGACGGCAAGCCAAUCCAAUGGUGCGGCUCGAAGAUGAGCGAGAACAGGGGGAUCAUCGUAACUGACCCGAGCAUACUGAUGAUCGAGGGUGUUGUCAAUGCCGUGAGGGAUGGCACCGUGACGUCCAUAGAGGAGUACGACAAGAGGUGCGAGAAGCGGCAAGAGAUCAACAACGACAUGCGGAAAAUAUUCGACACGAUGGGCAAACUGACCAGCGGGGACGAGAAGACCAUCCGCGAAGCAAAGGAGAGGAACCUCCUAGAUGACGAGAACGAGUUCAAGAACGAGAAGAAGGGGUUCGAGUCGGCCACGAAAAGCAUAGAGAAGUACCUGGAUGACGAUCGGCAGAUGAACGAGCUUGCCAAUGACGCGAUACGCAGUACGAAACCCAUGCUCGGCAACCGGUCUCCCGAGCGCACCUGA